UUUCCUUUUCUUCUGCUACACUUGCCGCCGGACUCUGCAUAGAAGGAAUGGGAAAAAACCCUGUCGGUGACGGUGAGUGCCGGUCCGCACACGCAGCACACGUGCCGCGCGCACGGCUCCCGAUGAUUCCGAAGCUUCCAUGUGGCGCCUUGACUGCAUCCCGCUCGUCCUGUAACCAGUUCGGUACGGCCACACCAGUGCCAUGUCAAAUACCGGGAACACCCCUCCUCUCUUCGAACACCUGCAGGGGUAGCGUGCGAAUAUGGCCAAGGGGUCGGGGUAAUUUUGGAGUUCUAGGCAUUGUCUGGUUGGUCUCCACUUUUUGUCGUCGCUAUCCUAAGCAAGUCAGCGUUCAGCGAUCUCCUCCACGGUGACGACGGUGGCCGGUGCGCAAGCAGAAAUGGCCGUGGCAAGUUUUCAGUUUGAACCCUGUUUUUCUUGUUUCUUUGAGGGUGUAGUGGGCACAGGAUAUAGGUUGCGUUUUAACUAUGAAUCGUAACAUGUGUGAAAUCUUGUAAAAGCUAAGGUGCUUUAUCGGAACGAGGAUCUUACAUAAAAGUCCUCCCCCCUCUUUCAUUCUCGUGGCAUAUUCCAUCGGAGUAAUUUAAUUAUUUUCAUUUUUUUCGCUCCGCUCCUCCGCUUCCCAUUGCGGCAUUGCCCUCCUCCCCGCCGCGGCCUCACCCACCGCGCCUUCUAGGAGCUUCGAAUCGCGAUCGCUCCGGUCCCCGCGAGCUCACAUGGUGGGCGCGCGUGCUGGAGGCUAGGGUUCCCAGUUCCCAUCAUUCUCCUGCUGAUUGGAACCGCAGUGUUUCGGCGAGCCUGUGUCAGUGUUGGAGGCGGAGAUGAACGGGGAGGUGGAAUGCAGCGUGUGCCACGCGAAGGUGCCGGUCCCGGCGGCGGUGUCCAAGGCGUACGACAACCACCGGAGCACCGUGUCGUCGCGGCAACGCGCGCUCAACGUGCUCCUCGUAUCCGGCGACUGCAUCCUCGCGGGCCUCCAGCCUAUACUAGUGUACAUGUCAAAAGUGGAUGGGAAAUUCAAAUUUAGCCCGAUCAGCGUGAAUUUCUUGACAGAGAUUACAAAGAUUAUCUUUGCCAUCAUCAUGCUAUUCAUCCAGGCUCGACGUCUAAAGGUGGGGGACAAGCCACUUCUCACAGUAUCAACAUUUAUGCAGGCUGCUCGCAAUAAUGUUCUUCUUGCUGUUCCUGCUCUUCUCUAUGCUAUCAACAACUAUUUGAAGUUCAUAAUGCAGUUAUAUUUUAAUCCUGCAAGCGUGAAAAUGCUGAGUAAUCUCAAGGUUCUGGUAAUCGCUGUGCUUCUAAAGAUAAUAAUGAGGAGGCGAUUUUCCACAAUCCAGUGGGAGGCCCUUGCCCUUUUAUUAAUCGGAAUAUCUGUUAAUCAGCUGAAAUCAUUGCCUGAAGGUUCUAGCACACUAGGUCUUCCUGUUGCAGCUGGAGCCUACCUAUAUACACUAUUUUUUGUAACAGUUCCUGCAUUGGCUUCAGUUUACAAUGAAAAGGCUCUUAAAAGCCAGUUUGAUACCAGUAUUUACCUUCAGAACUUAUUUCUGUAUGGUUAUGGUGCAAUAUUCAAUUUUCUUGGGCUUGUAAUCACUGCUAUCAUCCAAGGGCCCAGUAGCUUUAACAUUCUGGAAGGACAUUCAAAGGCCACAAUGUUUCUUAUCUGCAAUAAUGCUGCACAAGGCAUCCUGUCAUCAUUUUUCUUCAAGUACGCAGACACUAUUUUGAAGAAGUAUUCGUCGACAAUUGCAACUAUCUUCACCGGAGUUGCCUCUGCUGUACUGUUUGGACACACUCUGACAAUAAACUUUGUUCUUGGAAUUUCAAUAGUAAUCAUAUCUAUGCAUCAGUAUCUUUCAAACCAAAUUAAGGACGUAGUGCCUAGCAGCAAAGUUGAAAUGGCUGACGUUCAUGAUCACAGAGUUAAGGAAUCUGUUUGCGUCAAUGUGACUGAUUCAGUGGCAAGUGAGGCUAAACACCGCCAUGGAUCCGACGAGAGGCAGCCGCUCCUUCCUGUAUGAUUUUACAGCGGAGCAGGCACGCCGUCUACUUGAUGAGAGCAGCUGGCGUCUGACCUACCAUGUCUGACCUGUGUCUCUGAAGCCACGUUGCUGCCGUGCUGUUGGCCGAGUAAGAGCAUGCGUGUUGCACGGCAGAAUGGCGAGCUUCCUUGAAAGAGUAAUAGAUGAAUGAGGCAAUGCCUUUAGCCUAGUGGUGGUAACACUAAUGGUCUAAUGUGAUAGGAUUUGCGCGGAAUAAAGUCUCAUAUUUCACCAUUUUCUCCCCUCUUGAGAGCUGACAUAACCAUUAGAAGUGGUUCUAUCGAGUGAUUUUUUUCCCCAGUUGCGGCACCAAUGUAAAUAGCAGUUCGUUUUCAUGUUAUGUGAGAGUUGCAUGAGUAGAUGUUAUGGCGUGUUUGGUAAGCUUUGAACGUGUCUUUCGAUCUACAGAAGAACGACACGGGUUAUCUGGUCGAUUUCUGAUCUGGUAAAACGUUCUCUAAGAGUCGCCGAGGUUCCGUGUGAUUC